UCUUGCCGUCUCACACCGGUGGCGGGCCGCUGGCGCAGUGCCUGCACGCCGUUUCAACGCAGGGUGGAGCGCAUGCAGCAGCAGGUCACCUCCAUGCUGAACCGAGCUCCGUGCCGAGUCUUCGAGCUCCCGUCAUGACGUCGCCCUCACCGAACCUAACGGGUGGCCCAUGGCCAGCCGCAACGGAAACCCCGAGUCAGCUCCGGCGAUCCCUGGAGAAGCUUCCCAGCGAGCUGCUGCAGCACAUCGCCGAGGGUCUCGUUCCCGCGCGUCCGCUUACCACCCGUUUUGCUCUCCGGCCUUCCGGUACUUGGGAGUUCCGCACAGCCGCCGGCCAGUGGUCGGACUGGCUCGCCGCCCAAAAUGGCCUGCUGUCCUUUGCACAGGCUUCGCGGCGCAUGGCGGCGAUCGCCAGGCCCCUCCUUUACCACACAGUCGUCAUAGGUACACCCGGCGCUUUGGUCAGACUUCUGCUUCGCAUCCGCGAGCGUGAAGAGAUUGAGCUGUGGAUUCGCAGCAUUACCUGUCUUGUGAACGUUGCCAGCAGCGCCACCAUGGAUGAAGUGGAUCGUGAGUGCCAAAGACAGGCCGCAGUGAAGCUCAGAACAGUCGACUUCACUAGUAACCCUUUGGAAAUCCUCCAGGACAUACUUCUGCGUGCGCGAAAUCUGCAGGACUUUCUUCUCGCGUCCCCGGACCGCGAGCCCGAUCAUGAACCUCCAGACCUAAUGGACCAGGAGUUUCAAGACGCCAUCUUCGCCGCAAACUCAAGGGAGACCAUAACUUCACUCCUCAACAGUGCUUUUCGCCUCUACCCUUUCUGGACGAAGCGUAGCCUAACCUCUUUGCGCAUCUACUGCCACAGAGAGCGGCUCAAUCGCGAGCAAACCCUCUCCAUCCUGUUAGCCGACUUUGUUGUUGAACAACUCCCGCAACUGACGCAUCUGAAGACGUUGGAGCUGUGCGGCGCGUCCGCCGUUCCUCUCAGCACACACAACGAAUUUCCUUUUCCCCCUUUACCGCACAUCGAACACCUACGCCUAUUUGGCAGCCAGAUCCACGAGCCGAGGCUCGUCGAACUUUGUCUAGCCUGCGUCAAUUUGCAGACGCUGAUGGUGCACUUCGAGGAGAGCUCCACCGACGCGGACAGGGACUUGCUGCCCGAAGGCAAGACGCUCAACGAUGCGCUUGUCGGGCUCGCAGGAUCAUUGCGCACGCUCGAGUUGAUCUCGCUAUCCGAGGGACACUACCUGACCCGGGGGAGGGAACGGCCGAGGAAACCGGAGAACCACCGACUGCGGUGCAUCCCCGAGCUUACACGCCUCGAGACGCUGACGCUGGACUACCGGGGCGUCUUUGGCACGCUGGGCAUUCUGGAGGAAGAUGACGGCGAGCGGCUAUGCCAGCUCCUUCCGCCUUCUGUGCGCGAUUUCACUUUAGUCUGCGAGUGGGGGACCGCCAGAGACUGGAAGCAGAGCUACCUUGCCAACCUCGACAUGGUGCUGCACGGCGUCGAGUGUCUCUGCGCCAGCAAAGCGCAUCGCUUGUCGAGCAUCUCGCUUGCGAUCCACUCCUGGCCGGCCGAGGACAAGGAACAUCGCUUCCACAAGCGCUUCAUACGGGAGGUGGAAAAGGCGAGACUGCGCUGCGCAACGGCUGGCAUCAAGUUCACAACCUGCGACCUGUAUCCGUCGUAUCAGGACGAAGACGAAAUGGCACUCGAAGCAGCACUCGGAGAAGAGGACGAUGCCGACGAUUAUGAUAUUGAUGAUGAAGUAGACAUGACGGAUCUCGAUGAAGAGGAGGAACAGGAAGGGGCCGGGAUGGAAGAAAUCGGCCGCAUGCCAGCAGCGGAUGUCGUCGAGCUUGAAGAGGAAGACGAGGCUUCCGAGUACUACGUCACAGACGAGGAGGAGUCGGAUCCCGAGAGAGCGGCGCGGCGGCCGCCCACCUUCAACGCCUUUCUACAGCGUCUGGGCGAGGAUCACGGGUAUGACCUAGACGAGCUCCUCUAUGCCUACCAUGAAGACCGGUGGGACGAGUAUCUCUUCGACUGAAAUUGCGGCAUUCCGUGGGUCUAGCUGUUUGUCCUGCCAACCGGAGUGGCCAAAGCAGACACUUUUGGGAUGGCGCACGCAGCAAUAUAGGUCCGACUCGAAUUUAAACGCCGCAAUACCCUUUUGCUUUAGACCCACCGCCUG